AUGUCUAAAACCAUCGCACUCAUCAGCGGCGCCAACCAAGGCAUAGGUCUCGCAACAGCAACCCGUCUGGCACGCGAACACGGCUACCAAGUCAUCAUCGGCUCUCGCAAUGCCGACAAUGGGCUCAAAGCAGCCAAGGAGCUUCAAUCCGAAGGUCUAUCUGUCGAUAGCGUGCAAUUGGACAUCACAUCCGACGACUCGAUCGCCAACGCAGCGAGAUACAUCGAUGAGAAAUACGGCAAGCUAGAUGUCCUCAUCAACAACGCUGGGAUUCUGCUAGAUAUCGGCGCUCGCGGCGAAGUCACCUCGAAAAUGUCGUUGCGUCAACUCUGGGAUCUUACUUUGUCCACGAAUGUCACUGGCACAGCUUGCCUGACGGAGGCCAUGAUCCCCUUGCUACGCAAAUCGAGUCAGCGCCCACGCGUGAUCUUUGUGUCGAGUCGGAUGGCUUCCUUGGCCGAGAGUCUGAAUCCCAAGACGUUAUACUAUAAGAUCGACUACAAGAUGUACGACUCUAGCAAGGUUGCGGUGAACAUGCUGGUCUCGAACUAUGCGCGUAUAUUGGGCGAGGAGAUGAAGGCGCGCGUCAACGCUGUUUGUCCUGGUCUUGUCCAAACGCAGUUGACCAACUACAACGCUUAUGGCGGCAAACCGGAAGAUGGCGCUCAAAGGAUUUUGGAGCUCGCGACUGUUGGUGACGAUGAUGAGACGACUGGGACAUUUUCGGAUAGUAAUGGUCCCAUACCUUGGUAA